AUGGCUGCCGCGGUGAGCACAAGUACAGCUGUAGAGCAGGGCGAGACGCCCCUGCAGCUGGAUGCAGGCCUCUUAGCCUCGUUGGAUGUGAAUCCGCUUGAUGUGCGUGCGUACAAAAAGGACCGCGAAGCCUUGCUGCAAUCGCGCACUCGGAAUGCGACGCAGCACUUGAUCAAUACCUUGUUCCAAUUUCCGAUUCAGCGCGAUGCGACGUACGGUCCCCUUGCGACGCUCCCUGCGUUUGAGACAGCGCUGCCGCGUGAGAAGCCGUUGCCCAAGCCCAAGCCACUGACCAAAUGGGAGAAGUUUGCCAAGGCCAAGGGUAUUGUCAAACGCAAGAAGGACCGCAUGAUCUACGAUGAAGAGCGCGGCGAAUGGGUCCCACGCUGGGGCUACCAAGGCGCUAACAAGCAGCUGGAAAACCAGUGGCUUGUUGAGGUGCCGAACAAUGCCGACGACGAUUUCCGGCCUGACAAGGCUGCGGCGAAGGAGCGCAAGGAACGCCGCCUCAAGAACGAGAAGCAGCACCAGCGCAAUCUCGCUCGGCAGGCUGGCGAAGCGGCUGCAACGGCAGCAGCGCCCAAGAGCGAACUUGGCUCCGGUGUGGCUCCAUCGCGUGCUCGCCGACGUGCCGAGUUGGAGGCCGAGUUGCUGCGUGCGCGUGGCAGCACGGCGUCCAUGGGCCGCUUUGAUACCAAGCUGGAAGGCGAAUCGAAGCCGCGUGGUGUCAAGCGCACGUUCCAGCCGAACGAGAUCGAUGCCAGCAAGGAGCGGGCAGCGCACAUGCAGCUGCUGGCCAAGAUGGACAAGGGCGGCGGCUCCGAGAUGAACCUGCGCAAGGCGAUCAAGUUUGCUAGCAAAGGCCAAGGCUCCAAAGCCCUCGGUGAAAAGGUGGCGAAGCGCCGCAAGUAA